UAAUAAGCUACUUCAUGAACAUGUAACAUCUCAAACCAAUUUGAAGAGAAUUCUCAAAGCGUGAAUGUAUUGAUAUCAUUUGAUAAUUCAUUCGUAAGUUUGCAGUUAUAAGAUCGUAAACACUUUCAUUAAAAAUAUUAAUCAGUUAAUCUGAUGAGCGAAAAUCUUUUAUUACAAUGCUACAAGCCAGCAACUCAUCUAAUCCAAAACUAAGCUAAGAACACAAGAGUAGAAUUUUCGUCUUAUGUUGGAGACCACCAACACGGCUCGUGUUGGUUUUCAUUGCCCAUUUGUCAUCUAACUUGUCAACAAAAAUCAUAUUCAAAACCCCAAUUUUGGAGUUGUAUAUGCCUUCUCUCAGGAACAUCCGAUAAAAUUAGAACACGAAGUUCCACAUUCGUUGUCAUUUUCAUCUUCCUUCUAGUCACCCAGGUUCGAACUACUCAAAAGAAUUUCCACAUUCGUCGUACUCGUUGUCAUCUUCCUUCUUGUCACUGGUGCUCGACGUUGCAACUGCAGCGAGGCAACCAGACUCGUGACUAGUGACCAACUCGUCCUGCGUUCGGAGUACUGAAAGCUCCUUCACCAUCAUCAUGCAAGCAAACAUCCUCCUUCUUUGUCUCUGAGAAUUCCAAACACUAACCAUUACUGAAGGGAACGAAGGGUUAAGAAAAAACAAACACGCAAGAAGCAAGCUGCUACAAUACCAUUUUUAAAACCUUGCACCUGCUUGCAUUUCAUUUCUUUGUAAUCACUAAGAUUAUAGUACACACAUAAAUUAACACGUGAUAAACUUGAGUGUACAAGGGAAAUAUCAAAUACGAACUAUUUGUAUACAUAUAUGUAUAUCGUAUUCAUUUCGAUCUACAAAGUCACCGGGCCAGACUUAGAAUUACCCAUCUCCUCCUGGCCUUUUCUUUUUCCCUGCCUUCACAGAGUCACAACCUUUACGACUGUGCCCAGCAAAGAAUUAACUGCCACUCUUUGGUACUAAUGGCAAGUAUCACCUGUUAACAUCUUAUAUUCACUAACCAUUAUAUAACUAAGCACAGAAAGAGAAACAAGUACCUCACACUCGCAUCUCUUUUCAACACUUCCACUUCAUUCGACAUCACUUGCGACGAACAACCGAGGAUGGGCUCUGCUGCGGCUGCAGCUUUCCGUUUUCUGCUGCUCCCUCUCGUCAUCAUUUCCCCGUACGUCUCUAUGAUAACCGGGACAGAUAUUCCUGCCAUAGGCAUCAACUAUGGUCAGUUGGGGGAUGACUUGCCAUCUCCUUACAGAUCGAUCGAGCUCAUCAAAUCAAUGCAGGUAACCAGCGUGAAGCUCUACGACCCGAACCCAGAAAUCAUGAGGCUCUUGGCUGGGAGCAAGAUCUACGUAACGGUCAUGGUCCCAAACCAAGAGAUCAUCAACAUCGACACAAACCACAGCUUGGCUGUCAAAUGGGUGCAGGAUAACGUCCUGGCCUACUACCCGGCAACCAUGAUCCGGUUCAUCAUGGUUGGGAAUGAGAUUCUCAGCCAUCAUAGGUCAGCAGAGGAUAUGCAGAUCUGGAACCACCUUGUCCCAGCAAUGUACAAGAUCAAGAACAUACUCAAAGCGAACAACAUCCAAAACAUCAAAGUCGGAACCCCAUUAGCCAUGGACGUCUUGCAAACAACAUCCCCACCAUCCAACGCCACAUUUAGGUCCGAUAUCGCCUUAACCGUGAUGCCUCAGCUGCUCAAAUUCUUGAAUGGCACUAAAUCCUACUUCUUCAUCGAUGCUUAUCCUUACUUCCCCUGGUCUGCAAACCCCACAAAUGCAUCCCUUGAUUAUGCACUGUUCAAAUCACAAACAAACUACACCGACCCGGGAAGUGGGUUGGUUUACACUAACCUAUUAGAUGAGAUGCUUGACUCAGUCUUGUUUGCCAUGACCAAGCUCGGGUAUCCCGACAUCCGCCUCUUCAUAUCAGAGACCGGAUGGCCACAUGAAGGAGAUCUCGAUGAACCGGGUGCUAACAUCUACAAUGCAGCAAUCUAUAACCGCAAUUUGGUUAGAAAGAUAACGGCCAAACCACCAAUUGGGACGCCAGCUAGACCAGGAGUGGUUAUACCAACGUUCAUCUUCUCACUGUACGACGAGAACCAGAAGGAUGGGCCUGGAACAGAGAGGCACUGGGGCUUGCUGCACUCCGAUGGGAGUCCCAUAUUUGACAUAGACAUGACUGGAAGUAGAGCAGAUUCAGAGUACGAGGCGCUACCUGAAGGGCACAACAAUCAGGCCUACAAGGGGAAGAUAUGGUGUGUUGCUGCGAGAGGAGCUGACAUGACGCGGCUGGGGAGGGAACUGAGGUAUGCCUGCAACCAAGGGAAUAGGACCUGUGAAGCACUGGACCCUGGGAAGGAAUGCUAUGAGCCAGUCUCGCUGAUUUGGCAUGCAAGUUAUGCAUUCAGCAGCUACUGGAAGCAGUUCAAGAGCCAAGGUGCUACCUGCUACUUCCAUGGACUUGCUGUGCAGACCACAAGGGAUCCUGGUCAUGGAUCUUGCCAGUUUCCCAGUGUGACACUUUAAAGAUUACCAUGUUAGCGGAGAGGAGCUGAACUGAAGCAGUAGGACUAGGAGAGGCUCCGCACUCAUCUAAAGGACAGCCAUCAGCAUUCCCUCCAAGCAUCAAAUCUGUACUCUUCCCUAUCAUUUGUAUACUUAUCUUUACAAAUAAGGAAUUGUAGGUACAUCCUUAACUAGGACCAAGGAAAUAAGCCAGAAGAAACGGAUAACAUGACAGAACUCGUCUAUGCACAAUGUUUUAAACUUUAAACCCCCCUUCAAUUGAUAAAGAAAAAAAAAAUCUGCCAUCAAUCAUUCCCCAGACGCAGACAUGUAUAAUAUAAGUUUCCGCUGUAU